AUGCCCCAAAUAAUGGUUCAAGCGUUUGCAAAAGGCCUAGUCGAUAAGAUAUUGCUGGAAGCUUUCGGUACCAUGGAUCCCAACGAUGAAAAGUUACGAGCGCUGGACGGUCGAGAGAAAUCGGCCGACGUUCGAUCACAGUCGACGAUGCAAAUUCACGAGCAACCGAGCACAAAUCACAACGAAUCCGAAACCACGGAGCUCAUAGAGAAAAUGGUGUGCGGUUUGCGAAACUUGCAAAUUGGAGAUUCGACUUCCGUCCCGUCCUUCUUGUCCAACCUAGAGAAACAGGUGAAAUACGUCGUGUACAAUAUCGACAAUACAUCCGAGGAGAUGUCCGUCACUCAUGGUCAAGGCGACGUGCAGCAAAUAACGCAUAACGCGGUUAUCGAGACGGAACCGUCGCGUCUUCGCCAAGAGAAGGAAAAUUGCGACUCGAACGAAAUAACCGGGGUGUCCGUCAGCCUGCUUCAUCGAAUGAUAGAAGAACUGGAAACGAAAGCGGAGAACGAAUCCGAUUCGAUUUGCAAAGAGGGUAUCGCUGUUUGGGAAGAAACGGAGGAACGUUUGAUAAGAACCAUCGAGAACGUUGACCACGAUCGGAACAUUGCUUUGCCGUCCGAAAGUAGCUCUAAAAAUAACGUGAACGAUGAGGUAUUAACAUCUUCGUGCCUGGCAUAUCCGUCGCCUUUCGCGAAGAACGUUUCCCUGGAGGAUAUAGUCAUCGAGGGGAUAACACCGUCGUCCUUUUUCGAUCGAAAGAGUCCUUCGUCGAGCAUGGCGCGCGGCGAAAGCAAAAAUUACGGCACCGCGAAGAGGUCGCGUAACCGGAAGAAGAGUCAUUUCUUGAGCAGAAUGCGAAAAAUGAUGCGGGUGGUUUUCGGUCGUCGAAAGAACUGA